AUUUAAAUUAUGGGUUGUGGAAGCUCAACAGGAGCCGACGGAAAGAUUUGUAUGAAAAAGACAAAAUUACCUGCAGUUGAUGAAUUCUUUGAUGACGUCCAAGGAUUUUGAGAUGAGGUCUAUGCAAUUCAAGACCCCAUUGAGUCUGCAGAAGACAAGCUUCUCUAUGAUACUGACUUCCAUCAUACCGAUGGGGCUAAUGUCAAACAUGCCAUUGUCGGAAUCGUGUUCAGAGUUGCUUCUCUAGGAAACUUAGACAACUUAGAUAAGUUUGUGAAGAUUACUGAUAAGGAACCCUUCAUCAGUCUUGAUGCAAGCUCAGCUUCAUCUGAAGCAUCUGCUUCUAUUGAUGCAGCAAAUGACUAUAUCAACUCUGUAAUUUCAGCCAAGGACAGAAUAGAGCCUUUGGCUGACAAAGCCCAAAAGUUUGCUGAGAAAGCUCCAGAAUUGCCAGGCAAAGCUAAGGAUGAACUUGGCAAAGCAGCAGGACUUGGUACCAUGGAUAAGAUCAGAGCAGUCAGAAAUACAACUGGAAAUGUAAGAGCAAUUGCCAAGCUCCCUACAGUUAUUACAGAUUUUAAAGAUUGUGUCAUGGAAGCCAUCACAAACAUUCAAUCAGCAGUCAAAGAACUUAACUCUAAAAAGGCCAAGCUUAAUGAUAUUGGCAAGAAAUGCAGUAGUAAAGGUCUUACCACUGCAAUGGCUUGCUACCAGGAGUGCGGUGAUCCAAUUCCUAAGACUGGAAAGAAGCCAGGAGCUAAAGCUGGAAAGAAGCCAAAGAAAUAA